AUGGACGCUUUCCAUUAUGACUUAUUACAAAACGACAAAUAUGGUCGUUAUUUAGUCGCGAAAAAGGAUUUGGAAGGGAGUGAAUUAAUAUUUACGGAUUUACCCUUCGUUGUUGGACCGAAACCAGAUAUUCCACCGUUAUGCCUCGGUUGUUACUGUCCUGUGGACAACACGCUGUGCUCCCGCUGCGGGUGGCCAGUUUGCAACUCUGAAUGCGAGCAAUCACCUCAUCAUGUAGAGGAGUGUGAGGUCUUCUCUAGCGCCCAAGUGCGCUUCCAACCUGUGGAGGAUUGGACUGCCAGUGCACCUCAACUUGACUGUAUCACACCAUUAAGAUUACUUUUAGCAAAAGAGAAGGACCCAGUAAGAUGGCAGCAGGAAUUAGAUGUUAUGGAGGUGCAUUCGAAGGCUCGCCAACAGCGAAACACGUGGCGAGUUGAUCAAGUGAACAUUGUUGAUUUUCUGAUCGACCACUGCAAACUUGGAGGAAGGUUCAGCAAAGAACUGGUGCAGAAGGCUUGCGGAAUUCUUGAGGUGAAUGCUGUGGAGAUACCUUCGCGGGGCGGCUUCAGUGUACGGGCAGUGUACCCUCGGCUGGCAAUAGCGGCUCAUAGCUGCGUUCCCAACAUUGUUCAUACCAUACUUCAGAAUGAUUACAAGGUUGAAGUACGAGCAGCAGUACCAAUAAAAAAAGGCCAGCCACUACAUCUGUGUUACACUCACGUACUCUCACAAACUAUAGUUCGACGUGAAUAUUUACUCGACUCAAAGUUCUUCCACUGCGACUGUCCACGUUGUGCCGAUCCUACAGAGUUAGGAACACACUUAAGUACUUUGAAAUGUAACAAAUGUGAUAAUGGCAUUAUUUUGUCCACAAAUCCUUUAGAUAACGACGCGCAGUGGUCGUGUACGGAAAAAUCGUGUGGAUUUAAAACGUCCGGUGCGGCGAUGCGCAAAAUGUUAGCAGUUGUGCAAGCAGAAGUCGAUCAACUAGAUGCUUUAGAACCUGGUCCCCAGGCCAUUGAACAAAGAGAGGCCACCGUCAAUAAGUAUAAGUCGGUAUUUCAUCCGCGCCACUCUAUCCUUCUGUCUAUAAAACACGCACUAGCGCAACUGUACGGGCGUGUGGAUGGGUACGGCCUCGACGAGCUUCCCGAUCUUAUACUGGAGCGUAAAGCUGAAUUUUGUCGUUUGGUUCUGAAGACUCUUGAUGUUAUUACGCCGGGGGACAGCAGAAUGAGAGCAAUGAUGAUCUACGAACUUCACGCACCACUUAUGUAUCUAGCGAGAAGCGAAUUUAGUGCUGGACUCAUUACAAAAGAGAAAUUAAAAGAGCGACUGCAAGAACCUAUCCAGUGCCUCGCGGAUGCAGCUAGAAUACUGAGUCGCGAAGACCCACAAAGUCCAGAAGGCAUUACAGGACAAAUUGCAUACCAAUCUAUGGAGCAACUGAAAGCAAGUCUCGAGGCACUAUAA